AUUGUGAACGCGAAUUUAUAAAAUUGGAGCGCCAAAUAUUUCUUUGAAAAAGUGCAACAAAACAGUUCUUCAAGUUUUAAGCUUUUUGUCUUAAGGCCUGAACACAAAUGCAAAAGGAACUACUAAAAAGGCCAAACAAUAAAUAUUAGAGUGAAAACUCAAAAGGAAUUUUUUCAACAGUAUUAAUAAAAUAUUUACACAGCAAAGUGAAGUGUCCAGAAUUGCUAUAGUUAAACUUAAAAAAUCUAAAAGUCUGGUGUCAACUUGAAAGCUUUUAGAAAAUUGUAAAGCUACAAUAAAAAUUUGUGUGAUUAAGGAUAAAAUAAAUACAGUGCAGUUGCUGCAGAAAAAAACGGGAUUAUUUGCGAAAAAGUGAUUUAAAGUAGAAUGUGCAUAGAAACUAAUCCCCGAGUUGUUUGAACUGGGAAAAUGACUAAUCGCCAACAAAUGCAUAAAGUGAAUAUUAAAUUACAAGAUUUGAAGAAAAUUCUGUAAAUGGCAGUGAUUAUUCGAGUUUAUUAAAUUCCAUUUUUAUUUCUAUUACAUUUGAGUUUUUAAUAAAACACAAACAGCCUCCCCAAUGAAAUGUAAAAGCUGGUCGAAUAAAAUCAACAAUUUUGUUGUGCGUCGCCUGAAAUCAAUAAAGAUAAACGGUCAACAGCAGCAACAAAUUUUAUCGCCGUGCAGCACAAUGCCAGCGAUGCCCAAAGAAAAGGCCACCGCAGUAUCGUUGAAUGAAAAUAAUUUUAGUGAAUUGAAAUUGAAAGAAUUAUCCACAUCCGCCACCGCCGCAACUGCCGUCAUGGCCACCACGGCAACAAGUCGCAUGCAUCAGCAUGCAGCCAACACCCCCCCCACACAUCAUCUUCCCUCUACAGUACAGACUACAACAACGUUGGGCACAGCGCCUCCGGCACAGCAGCAUUGGGCGCAACGUCAAACACAACAACAACAACAACAACAGCAACAACAUCUGUCACACCAGCAACCGCAGUCCCGCAACAGUGUUUGUGGCUGCGGCACUGCGUCCGCUAUACCGGAGACGGUGGGCAGCAUAAAUCAUGCCAGCAGCAAGUAUUUGACAAAUGGACAUUCAUCACCUUUGGCCGCCGCCGUUGCUUCAGCCCAGCAAAACGGUGCUACAUCACCGCAGCAUACGCCGACAUGUUGUCGCUAUCAAUCGCAGCCGCAGCAGCAACACCAACAGAAUGGAUUUAAUGGCGAACAGCAACCACAACCACAACCACAGUUUGCACGCACAAACAACGGGCUAGCAGGUGGUGGCGCAGCUGCACCCACCACCGCCGCCAUCAACAUCGCCUCGGCUCCCACACUCUGCGCCACAGCCUCAGCCUGCGCCGCAUCGACCUCCCCCACAAAUAAUGUAGCUGUAACGCCGCCAAAGAAAUCGCCAAACGACUACAUCUUUGGCAAGUAUAUUGGCGAAGGCAGCUUCAGCAAUGUGUACCUCGCUGUGGAUGUGCAUACGAAGCGUGAAUAUGCAAUUAAAGUAUGUGAGAAGCGCCACAUCCUGCGUGAGGACAAGCAGGAGUAUGUGCGGCGUGAACGUGAAGCAAUGCACAUGAUGACCAAUGUGCCCGGCUUUGUGAAUCUGUCGUGCACAUUCCAGGACAGACGUUCGCUGUACUUUGUGAUGACCUAUGCCAAGAACGGCGAUCUGUUGCCGUACAUCAACAAGGUGGGCUCCUUCGAUGUGGACUGCACACGCCACUAUGUCGCCGAAUUAGUAUUAGCUUGCGAGCAAAUGCACCGUCGCAAUGUGGUGCAUCGUGACCUGAAGCCUGAGAAUAUUCUAUUGGAUGAAGACAUGCACACACUGAUAGCCGAUUUUGGUUCGGCAAAAAUCUUCAAACCCGAAGAGCGUAUUGCCGCUGCGGCUACGGUGACGGCGACGGCGACGGCGACGACGACGUCGCGCACCGGACGCCCACAGAAUCGCAGUGAUGAGGAUGAAGAUGAGGAUGCCGAGGACACCAAUGACACAGGCAGCGAUGAGGAUCGUGCGCACAGCGGGCGACCAGGGCGCUACUACAAUCGCAGACGCAAGGGCAGCUUUGUGGGUACAGCGCAAUAUGUGUCGCCGGAAGUUUUACAAAAUGGACCCAUAACACCGGCUGCUGAUCUCUGGGCGCUCGGCUGUAUAGUCUAUCAGAUGAUUUCCGGCUUACCGCCCUUCCGAGGCAGCAACGACUAUGUCAUAUUCAAGGAAAUUUUAGCCUGCGAUCUAGACUUUCCCCAAGGUUUCGACAAAGAUGCUGAGGAUCUAGUCAGAAGUUUAUUGAAAGUAAAGCCUGAUGAGCGCUUGGGUGCACAAGACCGUGAUGGCAGCUAUGUGAGCCUCCGCUCACAUCCGUUUUUCAACGGCAUCGAUUUCGUCACAGUGCGGCAGCAGACGCCGCCUCCGAUAUACCCAUACUUGCCGGGCGUUUCGAAAGACGAGGACUUCCGCUCGCAAUAUUGUAUGCCGGAAAACCUCGAACCAGGCUUGGACGACAAGCAGCUGACUCGUUUGCUCGGCAUGGAAUUGGGCACAUCCCUUGGCAGUGGCGACUGCAAACAGAAUGGCAGAGAGAUUGAGAAAAAGACUGUAGUAAAAAAUAUUUACGACCUUUCGGAUGCUGAGAAGCAAAAACGUUUGGAGCAACAAAAGUCUGACAAGUGGCAUGUCUUCGCUGAUAACGAAGUCAUAUUGAAGAGGGGCUACAUAAACAAACGCAAAGGGCUGUUCGCACGCAAGCGCAUGUUGCUGCUGACAACGGGCCCACGUCUGAUCUACAUCGAUCCCGUGCAGAUGGUGAAGAAAGGUGAAAUACCAUGGAGCGCCGAACUUCGCGUUGAGCCCAAGAACUUCAAAAUCUUCUUUGUGCACACGCCCAACCGAACGUACUAUCUGGACGAUCCUGAUGGCUAUUCGCUCGAAUGGGUCGAUGCCAUUGAAAGAAUGCGAAAACUCACCUACCCAGACUGCGAUAGCGCGGCGGCGGCGGCGGCGGCGGUGACAACAGCGACAGGCACCUCGCCGAAAUCGUCACAUCGAACAAACUCGCCAACACUCUUCAGCAACGCGAGCAGCAGCACCUCCGGCGGCAGCAGCAGCAGCAGCGGCAACAUGUUGACGGCAGCUAUCGCCGCUGCAACAGGCCGAACGACGAAAACGGCGUCGAAUUGAAUGAAACGCCAGCCAGAAAUCAUACAUCUACUGAAAACGCAACUAAAAUUUUACAAAACUCCCAAAACGCCAUUCAAAUGCAAACAGAAUUGCAGUUAAAGCCCAGGGGGCGGGCGGGCGGUCCACCACCGUCCGGUCGGUCGGUCCGUGGGCGUAAGCGCAGGGGUAUGCAGCAGCCUGAUAAGCAACUGAACAAAUCGGCGAAGAAGGAGAUAUGCAGCAGUAGUAUGCAAAAGCGAAGAAAAUGGAAGCAAGUUAAGUUGCUGUGUUCACAUCUAAAAAAUGUUUAGAACAAAUUUAGUUGAAAUCAUCAAAUAUCUACAUAAAAUAAUUAUUAAUUACAUAAAAAAUAACAAUAUCAAUUAAAUUAAUGUAUAGUAUAUACAACUUAAAGAGCAUAGCGAAUAGCUGAAUAGCAAAGCAUAGUUGUAGCAUGAAAACGAAAGGUUAAAUCGCAGAAUUAGUGGAAGAGAGAGGAAGAAUGGGGGAGAAAAAUAACGGAGGUCAUAGCAGAAAUUUAGUAAACAAUUCUUAGCGAUAUUGUAGCAAAUGCGAGUGCGAUAUGCAACGAAUUGAAAUUAAAUCAAUUCAUCAAUUUGCAUCGAGCAAAACAAUUGAGGGCGUAACGUAGCGUUGUGUACAUAUGUACAUACAGGUAAAUAAGUGAAUGCGGGUGUGAAACGGUUGAAAAGUUGUAAAUCGAAUUAUAUAUAUUCAAGCAGAAAUAAACAAAUAUAUGUAUAUGAAUAUGCUAUCUUAACGACACCGAAGCCAACUAAUAUUAAUACAGACAAAUUAUUAUUGCAUGCAAUCACAGAGUAAACAGUUUACAGCGGAAGUUGUCGACUUGGGCCGAAAUCUGUGUGUGUGGCACGGUCGGUGUGGCGCUUAAUUUUCAAAGCGGACCUUAGUUUCCUGCUUUUCAAUUUCACGAGAUGGUAAAUUCUCCGUUCGGUUUCGGUCGCUAUAUUACGACCAACGUGCGUGAUGCUUUUUUUUGUGUACUGUUUAUUCUGUGAUGCAAAAGAUAUAGAUAGAUACAAUACAUAUUUACAGCAUUUUCAGCAAGCAUUCAUAGUGUGUGGGUGUGGCGGCGAGCACACUUGCAAACAUACAUACAUGCAUAUACGAGAAGAAAUGUAAUUUAAAUUAAUGUAAUUCUAAUUGUAAACAAAUGUGAAUAUUUUGUAGUUAGUCACAAUUAAAUGAAUUAUACACCAGCAGGGGGGAGAUAUGCAGACAUGCAGACGUACGUAUGUAUGUACGUUCGUUCGUUCCUUCGUUCGUUCGUUCAUAGAAAAAAUGAGAGAGAAAACUAUUAAGCUAAAACUAUAAAACUAAAACUAAGCGUGCAUACCAUUAACGUUGCUAGAAGCAGCUAGCAAAACAUAUGACAGUAGGCAAAGCAAAGCAAAGCGAAAAGCAGCGCAAUGUGCAAUGCAACGUCAAGUAAACGCAUCCAUAUGUACUACAAUUUAAUUAAAAAAACGUAUAUAUAAUAACUGUAAUUAUACCAUAUAUUAUACUAUAUAUAUAUAUAUACAUAAAUGAUCAAGCAAAAGAAAAAAGAGGGGGGAAAAUAACAAUUAACAAAAAACACUGCAUACAUGCAGGCGUAUAAAGAGGCGUAAAUGAAA